CACAAGUACAAGGAGCGAGUGCAGCGUCGGAGCAAGGCUCCAGUCGCAUGACAUCAAGCACAAAGCCACAUAACGAUCAUGUCAUCGCGUCACUCUAUUUUGGAUUUAAAACGCAGGAGCCACUCUCGUCUUUGGUGCCAGAUGCUCUCGGGAUGAGCGGGAACGACGCAGACCGAGGCAGGCCAACCCUCCAGAACCGGUUGUGCGGCCGGCCUAAAUAAGCCCCCUCCUCCAAUGAGGUGAAUUUGCCACCCCCUUUGAAAACGGCAUGUCGCGGCUCUUCCUGCUUUCCACGAUACUCCUGGUCCCCGGCAGCAUCCAGAUGUCUCCCCCCGUCAUCAUGGAUAAGCUGCACGAGAGCUGGAAGUUGUACAUGGACGAGUGUGAGCACAACAACAGCCAAGCCCCGCCGAGCACCGUGCCAGUGUGCAACAGAACUUUUGACAAGUACGCCUGCUGGCCCGACGGAGUGCCCAACACGACGGUGGGCGUAUCGUGCCCGUGGUAUCUGCCCUGGUACCACAAAGUUCAGCACGGCGCGGUGUACCAGGAGUGCGACACUAACGGCCGCUGGCUAACGACGAAGAACACCAGCGAGUGCGACUCCAAUGGGCCCGCUCAGCAGUACUACGGGCAGAUCCGGAUUAUGUACACCGUGGGCUACUCGCUCUCACUGGUGGCUCUGGUUUUGGCUUUGAGCAUUCUCAUUUUCUUCAGGAAGCUACACUGCAUGAGGAAUAACAUCCACAUGAACCUGUUUGCAUCCUUCAUCCUGAGAGCCUUGUCCAUCCUCAUCAAAGACGCGCUGAUGGAGGCCAACAUCACGUCGCAGGACCUGAGUCAGGCGCAGGAGCAGGGCUUCUCCCGGACCUCUGCAUCACUCGUAGACCUGCUGCUCAACAAUGAGAUAACGGUCAGUUGUCGCGUGGCUGCCGUUAUGAUGCAAUACAGCAUCUUGGCCAACAGUUACUGGCUCCUGGUGGAAGGCAUCUACCUCCACAACCUGCUAGUCAUUGCUGUCUUUACAGAGAGGAAUUACUUCCAGAUCUACCUGUGCAUUGGCUGGGGUACGCCAUUGUUAUUCCUCGUUCCCUGGGUGAUUGCUAAGUACCUCUAUGAGAAUCACGAGUGCUGGGGCCAGAAUAUCAACAUGAACUACUGGUGGAUCAUCCGUUCGCCCAUACUGCUGGCGGUUGUGAUCAACUUCCUGAUCUUCAUCCACAUCAUCCAAAUCCUGGUGUCCAAACUGAGAGCGCAUCAAAUGAGAUACAGCGACUACAAGUUCAGGUUGGCCAAGUCAACCCUCACCCUCAUCCCUCUGCUGGGCAUCCACCAGGUGGUUUUUAUUUACGUCACGGACGAGGCCACAGAGACCGCCAUCGGUUUGCGUCUCACCAAGCUGGUCAUUGACCUCUUCUUCUCCUCAUUCCAGGGCCUCCUGGUGGCCAUUUUGUACUGCUUUGUCAACAAAGAAGUUCAGUCGGAGGUGACCAAGAAGUGGAAGCGCUGGAAACUGGGCCGAAACAUCAAGGAGGAAUACCGCCAUACGUACAGCAACACGCCCAACACCAAGACGGCCAUCCUGCUCAACCAUGUGGCCCAGCGGCCACCCCAGCUCACCGAAGCUUACGCCAAGCCGCCCACGCCCGUCUGCAACCCCGAAGAGUGGCACGCCCUGGUGGCCAACGGCAAAGCGGCGGCAGGCCAGCACCAGGCCGCGCUCACCCCGGUGGAGGACGUGGGCCUUGUGGACAAUUAUAAGAGCGAGCAGGCCGAGAGCGGCCACUGAAGCAAAGCGGGCGGGCGCACGCACACUGAGCACGGCACGCCCCGCCACGCCAAAGAAUAGCACGACCACAACGCUGAAACCUCACACGGCCACUCGUCAAUGGAGCCACCACUUUUGUUUGGAGUAGGCAAACGUGAAAACACACAAAACGACCGACUUCACUCAAAAUUCCUUCAAAUGCGCCCUUGCAAGUGAUUGACUUCCUGUAUCUUCCAACCAGGGUAUGAGCCAAAGUCUUAUUUAAAGGCCUCUGUGAUCAAGUUGAAGACCUCGCCUUCAGUAAUGUGUUCAGUAAUGAACACUGGGCGGGCCAUGCCCACCCAAUCAUUUGUUGAUAUUGUGGAAUUAACACCAAGAUCUACUUGAGAUAUACUAAUAAAAUAAUUCACUUGGCUUUUUUUAGGUCUUUUGAACUGUUUCAAGGAUAAUUGAGGAAAACAUAAAUCCAUAUGAGGACUUUCUUUAAGGAUCCUCAGAGACCCAAAUGAUACUCUCACAAAUGUAAAAUCCUAAAAAAAAAACGUUCACGAUGUCGUAUGCUCUGUUCAUUUUCAAAAUCAAUGUUUUUUUAAGAUACGGCUAAGAAGGCAAAACCCUCCAAAAGGUCUCGUCAAACAAGGAGUACAAACACGUACACACACCUAGCAUUGCAAUGUCAAACGUGUGAUGCAACCACCAAAUGGGCUAACAUGGCAAGGAUCAUUCAGAAACAUAUUUCUUAAGGAUCCACAGACACCCUGUCUAAUGCUGAAAAUGUUGAACUGCCUUGGAAUAAAAAAUCUUUCAAAACAUCUUCAAAUGACGAACAUGUAGCCACCUAGCAUUGCAAUAAUGUGUUAUUAGGACACAAGGAUGAAUACGGGGUUUUCUUGAGGAUCCACUGACACUCUUGUCUUGUGCUAGAACCUCACGAGAAGAGAGACAUGCCUCCAAAAUGUCUCUCAAAAUUAGAAAUGCUAAACCGUUGAUGCAACGCAACCAGAAAAUUGCAAUUGCAAGUAUGCCUGUUUUAACGCCUGAUAUGUUCAAUCUGCCGAGAAUGCAACGCUAACAUGUAGCCGGCUAGCAUUGUAACGUCGAAUGGCAGGAAACGGGCUCGACAUGAAAUUGGGGAGUGGGCUCAGAGUGUGCAGCGGUAGUUUUCUGAUUCUCUUUGGUGCACACUGAAACGGUUGGUUUGGUGUCAUCCUACAGACCUUGGCCGAGGGCGGUCGGUGCACAAGGACCGGCUCCCGUCGUGCAAAGGCUACUCGUAGACAAGACAUACGGACGGCCUCGCGGGCAUUUUCCGACACGUUUAAGUUUGUGUGCCAACUGCUCUGCUUGUGUCGUGUUGCAUAUGAAUUUAUCACGUGCCACAAUCACAUGUUGGGGGCACCUUUGGCAUGGCUUGCUGCUGUGUGCUCUUGUGGACAGAUUCGGUAUUACAAGGUACGCCGUGGGGUCAACGCCCGCCCGCUGUUGGAAGACGCGUAAGCGUCAGUAAGCAGAAAUCGGCGUCGCGUGCCGUCCGUCACUUUUGCGGGUCAACGUGUCCUUGGAAAGCAGAUGGAUAAAGAAGCUGUGACCUGACCUGGAUGUUCUUCUUGGGUGGCCUUUUUUCAAAGUGGUUCUACGAUGUGAAUGUAUUCUCCAAGAUGUUUCUCUUCAACGUGUACAGUUUAUUUGCUGUGAAUGCUCAGGUGUAAACAGUUGAUCGUGCUUGUAUGUAUAUAUUGUGUCCGAAAUGGUGGAAGAAGAAUAAAUCGCAGAGUCAAAUGA